CAAGGGAGAAAAGAGAACUGAGCAUUCAGCGCCCUUAGUAGCUUGUCCUUAGUGCUGCUUUCCUCACGGGGCGUGUGCCUGUCUGGGACAGACUUGCGCAGCAGAAACACAAAUGCCAAAAGAGCGCUACCGAACACAACGCUGUGCUUGUACCGUGCAGGUUGAAAAUGGGAUUAGAAAAAGAGAAAUGUGAAACCAGCAUUAUCAUGGACGAAGACGAGUUCAAUAAGUCCAUUGAACCAAUUCUACCUAGGAAGACGAAAGUCCGCACCGGUCCAGACAGAGACCCGCAUGACAUAAACUCGCACUUAAAGAUUAACUUCGAGGAUGUCGUUGGAGAGCCGGACACUACUCACAGCUUUGAUAAAGUGUGGAUUGGAAGCCACGCUGUGUUCGAGCUGGUUAAAUAUGUGUUCUACAAACUACUGACAACUCUUCUUGCAAUUCCUCUCUCUUUUGUAGCCGGAAUUGUACUCGCAGUCCUGAGCGCCUUACAUAUUUGGGUUGUGAUGCCAUUAAUCAGAAGCUGCAUAAUGGCGCUGCCUUCUGUUCAGUCAGUCUGGAAGAGCCUGGUGGACAUAUUUAUCUCGCCCUUGUUCCGGAGUAUGAGGAGGUGUUUGUCUGCUGUCAACAUCCAGGUCUUGCAAAAUUAACCAACACCUGCUUAAAGAAAUAAGUCUAAUAAUGAUUGAAAAGGCAGAGGAAAGUAGUUUUAAUUUGCGACCAAGUUAUUCCUUCUCAUUCCAUUUUUCUGAAGCACGUAGCAUUUGCAUUUCGACUAUCUGGUGCUGGUUUAAAUGCAAGGAUGGGUACGUUAUCUCUAGGUGACAGAAGUGUAUGAUGUGUGCAAUACAAUACAGAACAACUGUUUUAGCUUUAUGAAUAUUAUUUAGAUUGAUAUGCUCAUUUGAAUGAAAUGUAUGUAGAGUUUUAUACAAGGCUGUAAAUAGGUAAUAUACUGUAGAUUGGGCUGAUAAAUGUUAUUUUCAGUACUUCCUACUAACUAUAUAUGUUGGAUUUUUUUUUACUUUAGCAAAUAAUAUCUUUUGAUACACUCUAAGUUAAAAAAUACUGCUUCUAAUUUAACAUGAAUCAAUUGUGAGUGAGUGAGGUCUGCCAUAAUAAAUCCCAAUGUGUUUUAUAUUAAAGGUUUGUGUUAAUAGACACAUUAUCUGUUAACUGGGGCUUGCUUUUAGUUUUCUUUUUUCUAAAUGUGAUUGUAUAUUUGGUUUUGCUAGUGUAAUAAUCUAAGAGUUGACCGUAAGGCCUAAAAAGUAACAUAAGAGGAAAAUGUAAUCAGACUUUCUCUCUAAACGCACCUUGCUAGAAUUCAAGCUCAGAAAGUAUUUUAGGCAACAUGGUUAACAGAACAUCUCCUAAUAUCAACCAAAAAAUUGAGCUGGAUCUUAAAACAUGGUUGAAGGUCACUCGUUUCUACAUUCUAAAGAAAGCAAUAUGAAAAUAUUAAAAAUGACUAUUAGUUUUAAAGGAUUUACACUUUCCCACAUCACUUAGUUUUAAACUAAAGACACCCUUCUCAGUUUAAUCUCAUGUUCAGUCUUAAUAUUUUAAGAAUGUCCUCUUUUGGUUUCUUGAUUUGCAAUGGAACCACAUGAAAGAAGUUGCUAAUUAAUAAACAAUUAAUAAUCAAUAAACAAUUGUGCCAAGCAACAUCUACUGUACUGACAAAAGAGAGCUCCCUUAAAAAGAAGUGUGAAUACAGCCUGUAUCAAGGGGUUUUUAUUUGCUCUGACUUACAGUACAGAGAAUAAAAAAAUAAGUCUGUAACUAACCCGAGUAAUUAAAAAACCCACUACUCACAUAUUGCAGGUCACAGAAACCUCAUAUUUACCCCUUACAGCUAAGUCCAAAAGAAGCAGUAGAAAUAAGUUUAUUUUUUUCUAUUUAUAUCAUUAUAUUAUUAUAUUCUUUAAAAAAUAAUAAUGGAGAUUAUAGGGAAACAUUGUGAGCAUAUUGAUAGUUUUACAUGCUGUAACGUAACAGGGCACAUAAAGUUUGUGUAACCAAAAAGAACUAUUUCAUUUUGUGUUUCUCAGAUUAAAUUUAAUAUUUCAGAUUCUA